CGCGAGAGGUCCGGCCUUCUCCAUUCGGCAAUCGAACGGUACGGACGCAUCGAGAGUCCCGCAAAGUCCCAUCUACGAUCUACGAGAGCGAGGUCUUUUUACUCGACACGAGAGCGUGUCCGGUUGAGUCGUGUGCGAAUCGACACACGUGUUACGCCUUGCGUAAACACAGAGAUCGACAGGGAUGGCCGAUCAGGAAGGCAAGGAUUUCAGCGAGGAUAUCGCGGAGCAGAACUUCGCCGAGCAGAACGGCGAAGCCGAGAACGGCGGCGCCGGUGGCGGCGACGCCGCGGACAACGGUCAGGAGUCGCAGGAGGACAGGUCGGCUGGAGCUAACCAGGAUUCUCUGAACGAUAGGAAAUUAUUUGUUGGCGGUUUAAGUUGGGAAACAACUGACAAGGAAUUGAGGGAACAUUUUAGCACAUAUGGCGAUAUUGAAAGCAUCAAUGUCAAGACAGAUCCUAAUACAGGACGAUCAAGAGGGUUUGCCUUUAUCGUAUUUGCUAAAGCUGAAUCUCUCGACAAGAUUAUGGGAGCUGGAGAUCAUGUCAUCAAUAACAAAAAAGUUGACCCCAAGAAAGCGAAAGCUAGACACGGUAAAAUAUUUGUCGGCGGCCUUUCAACGGAACUCUCCGACGACGACAUCAAGAAUUUCUUCUCACAAUUCGGAACCAUUGUCGAAGUGGAAAUGCCAUUUGAUAAAACAAAGAAUCAGAGGAAGGGAUUUUGUUUCAUUACUUUCGAAUCUGAACAAGUGGUUAACGAACUAUUGAAGACCUCGAAACAAACGAUAAAUGGUAAAGAGGUUGACGUAAAGAAAGCAACACCCAAACCUGAUGGUAUGAUUAGUAUGCGCGGUGGACCAGGCGGUCGUGGUAGUCGUGGUACCAGAGGUGGCCGAGGCCGUGGAUUUGGUCAAGGCGGAUGGGGACAAAGUGGCUAUAGCGGCGGUUACGGCGGUGGCUACAGUCAAGGAGGAUAUGGCGGUGGCUACGAUGGAUAUGGAUACGAUUAUUAUGGAGGCGGUGGGUACGGUGGUUACGGUGGCUACGACUACAGUGGAUACGACGGAUACGGCUACAGCGGUGGUAAUUACGAUGGUGGCUACAGUGGUGGGCGUGGUGGUGCACGCGGCAAAGGAGGUUCAGGCUAUGGUGGCAAGCAGAGAGGUGGUCGUCAGAACCAGAGGCAUCAACCCUAUUAAUGCGGAAAUUUUCCUCAUUUGCGACUGCAAUGCAAUUUGCAUUGUAACUGCCGGUAUUACAGAGCGCGAUUCCCGUUCAAGAUCAUAUUACUCGUCCAAUCAUUCCACUAAAUCACGUUAUCUUCGGCAAUAGUACCGAAAAGCGAAUAUUCUUAAACAUCAGAAUUUUAACAGAAAUAAUUCGUUAUUUUCUUCUUUUUGUGUAUAGAUAUAUAUAUAUAUACAUAUGUAUACAUAUAUGAACUUGCUUUUCAAUUCCCAUAGAGCAUUUGCGUCUGUAUCGCAUACCAUAUCGUGAAUAAUUACAUUGAUAGAUCAUUUUAAUUUUUUGUCUACAAGAUAUAACACGAUGUGGAGAAAAAAAAACUACCGUAUAUGAGUAAGCAGGCAAUGUACUUUUUACAUAGCAUGCAGAAAUAGUGAGAGUUAAGAAAAGGAAACAAGAGAUAAGUCAACUGUUUAUAAUGAGUGUGCGAGGUAUGAAACGAGAUGAAAGGAUUACUGCUUCCUCUCUUAUUAGUAAGAUAAUAGGAUUAAAUAAAUUCUCGUUUUGUGUACAUAUCUCAUAUAUACAUUUGUAAUUUUGCUGUGACCUCCUAUACGGUAACUUACUUUUUUCUUUUUUUUUUUUCUUUUUAAAACGCGACAUGUAUACAUUUGUUUGAAACGUAUAGGAAUAAUCAUUUAUAUAUUAGAUUUAAAUAAGACUGACACAUGCACAUACACACCUAACGGAUGUAUCAGACUUAUUAAUAGAAACUAAUACUCUGUGAAUUCCGUCA